UUUAGGUCAAACAUUCCACAAAUACUCAAGCCAGCGAUUGGCGAGGAGAUGAUGUGGGGAGAAGAGCCCAGAAGGAAAAAAAAAAAAGGCGUCAAAAAAGGGAAGGACAAACAGCCGGGACCAUCCAGCCCAUUCAUUCAUCCAUGGUGGACGGACUAACCCCAACCAAGAAUGCACGAUUCCAUCAUCGUCACCUUCCAGUCUGCGCCCAUCAACCCAGUCAAAAUGCCUUUCUUCCGAAAUUCAGAAUGAAAAGAAGAGAAAGAGAAGACAGAUAUGACAGGCAUCAAGGGGGCUGGGCUAGACUGCCUCACCAGUAUAUUGGCAAGACUUGCAAGUCUGAGAGCCUGGGGACAGACCUCCGUUGUCUCACUCUUGUUGGCCUAUCUUCAUGCAUUUGUUCCCUGACUUCCUCGACCAGAGUCAAACGAGGGAACGGCCGAUUCGCAUUCCCCACCCGGAGGGUGAUGCACGCUGAAAUCAUAGGGCCACAACUGACGUAGGGGGUGUGUCCGGCUUCGAGAUGCCUUCUCUUCGGGUAUUGGCGUCCAUCUCCACCACUAUACUGUACAGUACACCACCCUAUGCCUG